AUGGCACGGGCUCGACUCCCCGACGAAGAAAGGGACGCAGGCUAUUGCCAACUGUUCGCCGAAACUCUCCACGAGCAAGCCCUAACCUGGUUUUCCCAGUUAGAAGAAAACUCCAUCGGAAGCUUCCGCGACUUGUCAGCAACUUUUCCCAAGACUUACAUUAUGUUCACCAAGCGCAGCGCUACCGCCUCUAGCUUGUGGAACCUCAACCAAACCAAAGACCAGAGCCUCCGCGACUACAUGGAGAAGUUCAAAGCUGUAGUCUCGAGGAUUGAUGUUCCAGACGGCACUGCCAUCGACGCCCUGCGGAACACGUUGUGGGUUCGUUCUAAAUUCCGAGAGGAUUUGUACCAAAACCCAACUACGUCGCUCCAGGACGCUAUCGCACGAUCUGACAACUUCAUCCAAAUGGAAGAAGAUACUAACGCCAUUCUAAGCAAGAUGAACGCACCCAAAGCUCCGGCGGCUAAAAACGCCAACACUCGACAAGAACCGCGCCAGCAUGCUCUAAUCGACAAAAAUGGCCGCAAAGACGGAUACAUGUAUGUCAUCAACGAGAGCAACGUGCCGGUUUCAACUCUCGUAGUUCGCGGAGAAGGAUGGAACAAGUGGGUAAGGGAGCUCGAUUCAUCCGACAAACCAGUCGAUGCCGUUUGCUCGACCCACACUACAACAGCUGCAACAAGUGGCGACUUCAAGUUCGAACCCCUGAAGGCUAAGCCGAAGAACGGCAAGAGCUGGAGCAAGAAUAAAGAAAGGAGAGCCCAGCGCAAAGCUACAGGCAAAGGUCGACAUAGCGAAAAUCAACAACGAGAUGACGAGGAGGAUGCUCCAAAGAGUAACGGCGAGGCAGACUCCUCAGCCGACGAAGAGCAACCAGCUAACCGCAGACGCAUUGAGGUCAUACUUUCUCAGCAAACCUUGUCGUCGGACGAUGAGAACGAUGACACACCCGUACUCGAAGAUUUGAGAGAUGUUCUGAAACGAAAGUUCGAAUCCGAAGAUAGCAACACCUCCGCGGUCAAUGAUCUCCGAACAACGUUGAAUGCACGGAAGUCGCGGCGUAUCUCGGCAGUUGAUCCCGAUCCCAAAGAACGCUUGAACGGCGACCUUAGGGAUAAACUCAACGCAGGAGCAUGCGAUCUACGAUUCCGCCUCAAUCGUUCGAAGCCCACUGACCUCCAGAGGCGUUUGGAGUAA